ACAGAGAGCUCUCGUGGCUGCUUCCUAUGCUGCUUCGUGACUAGUCUUCAGAGCUAUUAAACAGCAUCCCGAAACUACCUUUAAUCUGGCAUUAAAACGGCCACCUGCAGUCUACGGUUCGUAAGCUAUAAGAGACACUUUACUGUCGCGCGCACAUAAGCUCGCGCACAAGUCUUCUGGCAGCGGUUUUAAUGUGUGUUCAAGACAGCAAAUCAACCCGCCGCUCAAAUACUCUUAAUCAUUGUUGUCAAUGUCGUCUGAACUUGAGAAACCAGUCCACACUGACGACCUCAAGACGCCAGUGUUUUAUUUCUUGUUCUUGUCAUGUCUGCUUCGUCGCACGACUCAAUGCCGCCCCCUUCCGGUCAGGCUCCAGAAGACAGCUGGGGACUGAAUUAUGUGAGCGGAAACCUGUUCUCGUGCCCCGAGGACGACGCUUUGGCCCACUGCAUCAGUGAGGACUGCCGCAUGGGGGCAGGCAUAGCGGUGAUGUUCAAGAGGCAGUUCAAAGGGGUAGACGAGUUAAAGGAACAGAAAAAGCUGACAGGAGAGUGCGCCGUGUUAAAACGAGACAGACGUUUCAUCUACUAUCUGAUCACAAAGAAGAAGGCCAGCCAAAAGCCCACCUAUGACAGCUUGAUGCGGAGCCUUGAGGAUAUGAAGUCCCACUGUGUGGGGAACGGAGUAACGAGAAUAGCGAUGCCUCGUAUUGGUUGUGGCCUGGAUCGACUCGAGUGGAGUAGAGUGUCCGAGAUACUGGAACAGGUCUUCAAACGCACAAACAUCUCCGUCACCGUCUACAGCCUUCCCGAGAAAGCAGAGACCACAGCGAUGAAAGAAAACAUGCGCAGAUGAUUCAUUCAAAAAAAAAAAAAAAACUACAUUUAUUGUAAUUAGAAGUAUAUGCACUAUUCUGUAUUGGUAAUCUUGUUCAUUAAA